CUAAGCUAGGCCCACUCAGUCUGCCCCAAGAAAUCAAGCAGUGAACACUAAGAAAGUAAACCUAAAAAGAUAUCGGAAUGGCAAUUACUUGGGCCUUAAUUUUCGGAUUAAUACUCAUCGCUUGGUGGUUUGUCAAGAAAAAGUACUCAUAUUGGGAAAACCGCGGUGUACCCUUCAUUAAACCGAUAAUCCCAUUCGGUAAUUUAAAAGGAGUGGGAAAGACAGUGAGCAUGAAGGACUUUGUGCAAGAUAUUUACGCAAAAUACAAAGGAACUGCCUCACUCAUUGGGGGAUACUUCUUCUGUGAACCAGUGGCGAUUGUCACUGACAUGGAUUUGAUCAGGAACAUCCUUAUCAAAGACUUCUCCUACUUUCAAGACCGCAAGGUGUACUAUAAUGAAAAGCUCGAACCAAUGUCAGCCCACAUGUUCAACUUGGAGGGCGAGAAGUGGCGCUUGGUGAGGCAGAAACUGUCACCAACCUUCACUUCAGGGCGCAUCAAGAAAAUGUUCCCAAUGGUCUUGGAAGUUGCCAAUCGCUUCAUUGACUUGCUCAACCCAAUAGUAGCCGAAGGAUCAGUUGUGGAGAUUCGGGACUUGCUUAUGAGAUUCACCAUAGACGUGAGUGGCACAAUAAUCUAUGGAAUUGAAUGCAAUAGCAUGAAGGACCCAGAUACGGAAUUCCGUCUGAAAGGGAGGAGGAUAUUCAACAACCCAAGACACGGCGAGUUAGCUCGGCUUUUCAUGGAAACCUUCCCGGAAAUGGCUCGGAUUCUUCGCAUGAAGCAGUUUGCCGAUGACGUUACUGAUUUUUUCAUGAAAAUUAUUCGUCAAACCAUUGAAUAUCGUGAGAGUAAUGACGUGCAUCGCAACGAUUUCAUGGAUCUUCUAAUACAGUUGAAAAACACCGGAACACUGGAAGGUCACGACGGACAGAUUGGAAAAAUAUCCGAUGAAGAAAUUGCCGCCCAAGCUUUCAUUUUCUUCGCGGGAGGAUUUGAAACUACUGCGUCCACCAUGGGAUUCGUGCUAUACGCUUUGUGUUUAAACCAGGAAAUCCAGGAUAGAGUGCGGAAGGAGAUCGGAGAUGUGAUAGAAGAGCAUGGCGGAAAGUUCACGUAUGACGCUAUGAUGAGUAUGAAGUACUUGCAUCGGGUAGUUGAUGAAACUCUUCGAAUCUACUCACAAGCAACCUAUCUCUUCCGAAAAGUGGCUCACGACUAUGCAAUUCCUGGGUCAAAAACGGUCUUAGAAAAGGACACGGUUGUAAUUAUCCCUGUUGCUGGAUUCAAUAUUGAUCCAGAAAUUUAUCCGAAUCCUGAAGUCUUUGAUCCUGAUAAUUUCCUACCAGAAAGAAUCGCACAACGAGAUCCAUUCACAUAUAUGCCAUUUGGAGAGGGUCCUCGGAAUUGCAUUGGUUCCAGGCUUGCGAAAAUGGUUACCUAUGCGGGAUUGGUGACACUUCUGCAAAAUUAUCGAUUCAAACCAUCAGAAAAGACACCAGUUCCUAUAGAAUAUGAACCGGACGUCCAGGUUUUGAAGUCAAAAACUGAUUUUUAUUUCUUUGUAGAGAAAUUAUAAGUUAAGCUUGUUAACCAUCUAAAAAAAGGGAGUUUCCAAACAAUCUGUUUUCCCCACAUCUAGCAAUAAAACAUCCUUUCUCACG